CUAUCCCAUCUUCAAACUCUAAAAGUUUUUUCGAGGCUUCGAUCGCUAAACUCCCAAACUGACGAAGCCAAUCCUGAAAAAAUCUCAGAUAGCUGUUGUUCUUCUUAAUAUUACUAUUCUAUACACAGACUGUGACAAUGCUGCGCAGACAAGCCCGCGAACGGAGGGAGUACCUCUACAAGAAAUCCCUAGCUCUGAAGGAGGCAAACAUCGUCGUCAAGCGUCAGCAGCUACGAGCUGCACUUGCUUCGGGAAAGCCGUUGCCGAAAGAGAUUGCUGAAGAUGAGGAGCUGCGGACGGAUUUUAAAUAUGACGAGAGCAUGAAAGAGGAGAUUGACGACGAGUAUAGCGCCCUGAGUGGGAUCCAGGAUCCGCAGGUUGUUGUUACCACGAGUAGAGAUCCCAGCACCAGAUUAUCACAGUUUGCAAAGGAAAUACGGCUGAUGUUUCCCACAUCCGUUCGACUGAAUCGCGGUAACUCCGUCCUCCCCUCGCUAGUCAAGCUCUGUCAGACAUCAGCUACCACAGACCUAGUGCUUCUCCAUGAGCACCGUGGUGUACCAACAGCAUUGACGGUCACUCAUUUCCCCCACGGCCCGACAGCUUCUUUCUCUCUUCACAACGUCGUCCUGCGACACGACCUCGAAAACGCCGGCUCCGUGUCAGAAAGCUACCCCCAUCUGAUCUUUGACAACUUCACAUCCCCGCUCGGCCAGCGAGUCGUGCAGGUUCUCAAGCACUUGUUUCCACCCGGAGCCAAGAAGGAUAGUUCGCGCGUCAUCACUUUUGCCAACCGCGGCGAUUUUAUUUCCGUCAGACACCAUGUUUACGUGCGGACGAAGGACGGCGUCGAGCUGGCCGAGGUUGGUCCCCGGUUCGAGAUGAGGUUGUAUGAACUGCGCCUCGGUACGAUUGACAGCAAGGAUGCGGACGUGGAAUGGAGAUACCGGGGCUUUGUCCGGACCGCGAAUAAGAAGGACUAUUUGUAGAUUAGAGGCAAUUUAUAAGAGUUUACCCUUCUAGUUAAUAUCGACGUAGGCUACCGCCACUACAGGCUCUAUAACCAGCAGGGUUAUUCAAUAAAUCUGACUGAAUAAUACGAUGAAAGAAACAGCG